AUGUCUGGACGAGGAAAGGGAGGAAAAGGACUUGGCAAAGGAGGAGCAAAGAGGCACCGAAAGAUCUUAAGAGAUAACAUCCAAGGCAUCACCAAGCCAGCCAUCAGACGUCUUGCUCGACGAGGAGGUGUCAAGCGUAUCAGUGGACUGAUCUACGAAGAGACCCGAGGAGUGCUCAAGAACUACUUGGAGAGCGUGAUCAGGGAUGCUGUAACCUACACCGAGCACGCCAAGAGGAAGACCGUUGUAGCCAUGGACAUCGUCUACGCCCUCAAGAGACAAGGCAAGACCUUGUACGGAUUCGGAGCUUCUACCACAACUACAACACGAUGUCAGGCGUCAGGCAAAGGAGGAAAAUCGAAGAGCGGCAAAGUUGGAGCCAAGGCCAAGACCCGAUCAAGCCGAGCUGGACUGCAGUUCCCUGUUGGAAGAAUCCACCGAUUCAUCCGCAAGGGCAACUACGCUGAGCGAGUUGGUGCUGGAGCUCCAGUCUACCUUGCUGCUGUGCUCGAGUACUUGACUGCUGAGAUCCUUGAGCUGGCUGGCAACGCUGCUAAAGACAACAAGAAGUCCAGGAUCAUCCCCAGACACUUGCAGUUGGCCAUCAGGAACGACGAAGAGUUGAACAAGCUGCUCCACGGAGUGACCAUUGCUCAGGGCGGUGUGCUGCCAAACAUCCAGGCUGUGCUCCUACCCAAGAAGCAGUCUUCGUCUCAGCCCAAGUCUGACAAGAAGUAAAGAGCUUCUACCUCAACCAG